AUGUCAUCAUCCGUCCAAGCAGGCCGAGUAACCAAGAACACUACUACCGCGCGGCGGAGACGCGUACAACAUCCGAAGACACGAGCUAAGCCUCAACCACAAGACCAUGGGUAUGAUCGCAAUGGGAGUUACUACAAUUCAUCCCCAUCACUCCCGCUCGUCGAGCGCACCAACCAACUGAGCAUUCAGGAAUUCACUUCAAAGUACAUUUCUUCUGAGUUUCUGACUUACACCUACAAACCCGAAGACCCAAUAUCCUCUGAAGAGCAAAAGUACAGAUUAUCUAUCUACGACGCAGCCACCAUCCCCACCACUGACCUAAAUGCAUGCUUCAAUCUCAUCGAGGAGACAUCCUCAGAGGCAUAUAAGAAUUCCUCGACGGGGUGGUCGCCCACUAAGAAGAAAAAGGAGAUGAAGCUUCCUGAUAUGAAGUAUUUGGUUAUUCGUCGGGAGGGAUUAUCAUCAGAUGAUGGUGAAGGGGAGGGGGAGAACGCAGUGGUCGGAUUCAUGUCAUUCAUGAUUACGUACGAGGACGGAAAAGAGGUGAUUUAUCUCUACGAGAUCCAUCUGUCCUCUGAGGUGCAGAAGCAAGGGCUCGGGAAGCGGUUGUUGCUUGUGCUGAUGGAGAUAGGGAGACGGGUUGGGAUGGAGAAGGCUAUGUUGACGGUGUUUACGUCAAAUGGGGUGGCUCAGAGGCUUUAUGAGGCUAUUGGGUUUGGUACGGAUGAGUAUAGUCCUCGGCCGAGGAGGCUGAGGAAUGGGAUGGUUAAGGAGCCGGAUUAUAGGAUUAUGUCUGUAAGGUUGGAUGGAGGGCCGUAUGUAUGA